ACUCGUCUCUGCUGGAAGAUAAGAAAUUUCAAGCAUUGAACACUUGCGCUACAGUGGCAUAGAAUAAUAUUAUUAAUUAUGACCCUGAGUUGGGGUCAGUAUUUGUUAUAGAGACCUUCAUCUUCUUUGGAGUAUUACUUCAUGACUAUCUAAAAAUAUAUCCGCGUAAACCAAGAUGUUCCAUGAUUUCCUUCGAUUAUAUCAUUGAUAGGCUCAAAUAAUUAAUAAUAUCCUACUAGGAUACAUCGCUCCUCGUAAAAUAUUAUUUUCCUAGGACCCCAAGUCUCUGUACCAUUGAAGAUGACCUAAUCACGACAGUGCAUUGUUUUGACGCGCACAGAAAUGGCGGAUACUAUAUUUAUCACGUAUUUUGUACUCUUGUUGACGUUCAAUUUAUGUCCAGGAGAAAGGCAAAAAACAGCAUUGCAAGAUGACGAUUAUUCACUUGAUAGUGAAGAAGCUCCUGAGCCACUUGAUCAUCGGUUCACUAACAACGUCGUCACUCAACGACGUUUUAAAUGUCAUAUGUGCGAAGGCCCUGACUGUAGGAAUCCUGACGUUUGCCAUGAUGCAAUUACUUGUUGGAAAUCAAGGGUGCGAGAAGUGGAUGGUACAGAAAGUAUUACCAGAGGGUGUACAACACUUGAAGACCAAAUGCCAUUAAUAUGUAAUACACAGCAACUUUUACAAGGAAGCGGAAGUGGCAAUGAAAGAAAGAGGCAUGUGAAUGGUGCAUCAGGUAGUGCACAAUUUCAUGUAAAAUGCUGUCAAGCUGAUCUGUGCAAUGCUGGACCCUUUCCAUUAUUGGAUGACUAUGGUGGAGGUGGCUAUACAGAAAAUUAUGCUAUGAAGUUAACACUGGCAAUUUUGGGUCCGAUGGUUGGAUUAGGCGUGGUAGGAGCUGGUAUUCUCUUCUGCUUGUUAGCACGCAGAACGCGCCGAAAGCGACCGUUGGCUACGCGUCGCAACAAACUGCUUGUGGAUUCCGAGAUGGAAUCAUCGAUGCUACAUUUUUCUUCUCCGUCACAAUCAUCGGCAGCUACGUAUCACCCACACGAAUUACGAGCCACAGCUGCCGGUGAUAGCACACUUAAAGAAUACUUAGACGGAAGAAGUCUAACUAGUGGUUCGGGAUCUGGUUUGCCACUCUUGGUUCAACGAACACUGGCCAAGCAGGUUGCUCUAGUAGAAUGUUUAGGAAGUGGCGGAGGUGGUGGCUUUGGCGGUGAAGUAUGGCGUGGAGUAUGGCAUGGAGAAAACGUGGCAGUUAAAAUAUAUUUCUCGCGCGAUGAAGUUGCGUGGGCACGCGAAACAGAAGUUUAUUCCCAGUUGUUACCUUCUCGACACGACAAUAUUCUUGGAUACGUUGGAAGUGAUAUGACGAGUCGUGCUAGUUGCACGCAGCUCUGGCUAGUGACCCAUUAUCAUCCCUUGGGUUCUUUACACGAUCAUUUGAACCGAUCGCCUUAUCCAUUAACGCAUCAUCAAACGCUCAAUAUCUGCUUGAGUAUAUCGAAUGGUUUACUCUAUUUACACACUGAAAUUCACGGGACAAGAGGGAAGCCCGCAAUGGCGCAUCGCAAUCUCAAAUCGAAGAACAUUCUCGUUAAAACAAAUGGCAGUUGCGUUAUCGCUGAUUUUGCCUUAGCAGCUACGCAAGAUCGUCUUCUCACUGACAGAGUUGACCUACGACUGGGUACCAAACGCUACAUGAGUCCAGAAGUGCUUGAACAAACGUUAAAUACCGAGUGCUUAGAAAGCUUUCGCCGUGCUGACAUGUAUAGUUUGGGAUUGAUACUCUGGGAAGUCUGUCGCAGAUGUAUCAGUAAUGGAGUAGCGUUAGAUUACGCAGUGCCAUACUCCGAAUGGCUUCCAAGUGGUAAUCAGGAGCCAUCGAUAGAAGAAAUGCGUAAAUUAGUUUCUCUGGACCAACGUAGACCACCUCUACCUAACAGGUGGCACUCCGAUCCGACUCUAGCUGGAAUGGGAAAGCUGAUAAGAGAAUGUUGGCACGGCAAGCCUGCGGCUCGACUCCCGAUACUUAGAGUAAAAAAGACGCUUGUUAAAUUGGCAGCCAAUGACCCUCGUGUUCAUUUACCCCUUGACUGACCAGUGUUUUCUUGCUCGAACCUUACUUUAUAUACGUAUUUAUUAUUACUAUUAUUCCAUCGAUAUAUCAUUCUCACCGUACGUUUAAUCAUCAUCAUUCUCGAUCAUCCAUUGCCAUGUCAUUAUCUUGGAGGGAAAAGAAAAUAUCGUCUGUCGACAUAUCAGAGCAACGACGCCGAUAGGUUUCUAGUUCCGUCCUAUCGACUUCAUUUCGUUUCACACGAUUACUGUCGGAAGAUUAUCUAGCUAUAAUAGUUAGUAUCAAAUUGUCUUCAGUUUACUCAACAAAUCAAUGUACAAACCGUGUGUACUACACAGGCGCUAUUAACGCAGUUUCGUAAUUGUAAGGAUCGUUGCAUGGAAAUGAUCCUAAUUUUGGGAUCAGGGGUAAAUUAUAAUGAAUUGUGUACAGUUGGAGAUCGCACAACUAUCGACGAUGUUUGGUGCCAGUCUCUAGUUGUAUUUUCCACGUUACCUAGUAGUCGUUUUUAAUUUUUAUUAUGAAUACGCGUGUACAUACUACCCUGUUCUUACGCGCCAUUCUUAUAUCGUUUGCAAUAUUAUUAAAGAUGUCGAUCAACGAUCGAAAGACGUUGUAAAUAGCACCUUUGUAUUAAUAACUAUUAUUAGUUAUCAUUACUGCGAUUAAUCUGUAGUAAAAGUGAUGGAUAAGUGAAAGGUGUAAUACAAGUAUACAUAAGGAAUAA